AUGAUCGACCUCGAGCCUGUCCGACUGUACAAAGACGAGCAAGGAGACUCAAAGUCUUCCCUGGCCGGUCCCUUCCAAGGCCUCGCCUUGCACAGCACGGAUGUGCACAAGUUGAACCCUCGCGAUCCGCAUUCCUUCAAAAGACGCCGCGAGGAAAGCACGGAGAGCGAGGACAGAGCGUCAUCGACCGAAAGGGAGAACGACACCACGCAUCCCACAAUGGACGAAGAAGAAGCCGCUCGCGCUCAGGCAGAAGACACGGCUUUCCUCAAGCCGGAACACCUUGCCGGAAUCCCCAUGUCCGCUUCCCUCCACCGUCGCAUCAAAACAUCCAUCGCAGACCUCUACGUGAAGCAGCAACUCCUCCCCGCCCUCAUCCUACUCGCCCACGCCCGUUUGCUCGGCCGGCCCGAACUCGAAAACGCAGCAGACUAUGCCCGGACGGCGCAGAGACUCGCAGAGACACUCGGCGCAUCGAAAGCACUCCACGCCCGCUGCUCAUUCUACAUUGGAUUGGCCGAGCUGCUCCUGUCGCGCAUUAGUGCAAGCGCCAUAUCCCGACCGGAAUCGUUCAACUCCGCUGAUAACUGGCGGGCGAAGUCGCCGAGCUAUCUGCAGCACUUCCAGACUGCCACAGCUGCUAAAGGAGUGUAUGCCGAAGGGCGCUGGGCGGAGGAGUACGUGACGUACUUGAAGAAGGAAGAGCGACAGCCAGACUCGCCUGCGGAUUCAGAGAUGUCACCGCAGAGUCAAACGAGCUGGGUGGGCAAACUCUGGGGCGCGAUUCGCAGGAGGCGAACGCAGUCGCUGGAGUCCUCUGAUGCCGAUGAGGAGUCGAACAAUGCUGGCGAUGAUUGGAAAGUGGCCGACGAAGACCUACCCGACCUCGAUUCCGAGUUUGAAAGCGAUGCAGACGAGGAAAAGGAAGCCAACACCGCCUUCCACAGCAUCGAAAACAUCGACGAUUACGAAUCAACCGCCAUGCCAGGGAGAUACUGCACCCCGUCGCCCCUGAGCCCUCGCUCGCCCAGCCCAGCAGAACCUCUGCUCCCCGUCUUCAGUCCCACCGCCACUCAAUCCCCGCCUUCUACACCCGCCAGUCCCACAGGCCGGACUAUCCGCUGUCGAGUCGUCAGUUUCGUCGACGGCACAGCCGAAAUCACUUCGUCUACGCCCGAACAGCAGGACUCGUCGCUUUCGCAUCGCCGCAAUCGGUCGAUAACGGCGCUCAUCACGCGAAGGGAGAGAUUGCCUUCGCAGGAAGAGCAGAUGGAGGAAGGGCUAAGUCCGUUCAUGGCGACCUUUGGCGAGGAUGUGCGUAAGAAGUUGGAAUGA